GAGCGCAAAAAUGUGUUCGCAUUUUUUCGACAGCAGUAAGAAAGACAUCGCCAUCAUUCAUUCCUUUGAUUGUAGCGGCUCGUAGCUGCAAAGAAAAAAAGAUUUUUACUCAAAAAGGACGAUAAAUUGCGGUAUUGAACGAUUACGAGUUUAAUACGAAAAUUUCAAGAGUGUAGAAUUUCACGUAUCAAUAUACGUAGUGCUUAUUAAAAUCGGUCAUUUCCAGAGAACAAAGUAGCAUAGCAGACAAAGAUGGCUGCUCUGCCUCGAAGAAUAAUUAAAGAAACUCAGCGCCUGAUGCAGGAACCCGUUCCAGGGAUUAGUGCCGUUCCAGACGAACAAAAUGCACGUUACUUCCACGUCAUUGUAUUUGGGCCCGAGGAUUCUCCGUUCGAGGGUGGACUAUUCAAAUUGGAGUUGUUUUUACCAGAGGACUACCCAAUGUCAGCACCAAAAGUGCGAUUCAUCACAAAAAUUUAUCAUCCCAACAUCGAUCGGCUGGGUCGCAUUUGUCUAGAUAUUCUGAAGGAUAAAUGGAGUCCAGCGCUACAAAUACGCACCGUAUUGCUCUCGAUUCAAGCCUUGCUAAGUGCCCCCAAUCCGGAUGACCCAUUGGCUAAUGAUGUUGCAGAGCUGUGGAAGGUGAACGAGGCGGAAGCGAUUCGGAAUGCUAAAGAAUGGACCCAACGGUACGCGAUUGUGGACAACUAAGCGUCGAGAAAGUGCUAGAUCGGAUCGUACGUGACAUUUUAUUAAAUUAUUUUUUUAAACAAUGUACACAAGAAAGUUAUCCCGGAGAAUGAGAAAGCGAAGUAAACAGCGAAAAGAUAUGCAGAGUGAGAGUCAAAAUUUGACUUUAUUUAGGAUCCUCUGUGCAGCCCAAUUAAAACAACUCUAACAAGCAUUGAACGCUACACCCUGCAAUAGAAAAGUCUAAGACAUCAAAGAACAUAUUACGCGUGAACAACAGUAACAGAAGACAUCAUCACAGCUAAAAAUCACCACAAAUCGCCGUUCGGUUUUGAUCGAUUUUCUCUUAUUUGUUUCUUCGAGAAUUUUCAGCAGCUCGAGUCACCUCGGAACUUUAAGAUUGUAUAUUAAACCAUUCGAGUACAGAAAAUCAACAAAAAGGAAAAUCAUGGUGAAUCAUGGAUGAUCUCGAUAGUCUUCGCUUCAUUUCAGCAUGCAACUUCUAAUUCAUUCUUCUACUGCACUGCGUCAAUCUGAUCGUAAAAACAACAAAGCUGCAAAAGGAAGUGGGAAACGCUGAAUAAUUGUAAAACAAUAAAACAACAGUAAACCUUGCAACCUAUCCGUUCUUUUGUUAUCCGCAUCAGUCGGUCCGUGGCCGUGAUGACUGAAAGUAGAAGUUAUUCUACUUCCUUCUAGGUUCAGCCGUACUUGUACUAACUAUUACACUAGCAAACUGUCGUUACAUUCUCGGGGUAUAUCUUGAUCCAAUACACUUAUGUGUGUCUAUAAGACCUAUUCCUUUUGUUUUUUUUUUUUUUUUGGUUUUUGAUGUUUCAAAAAAAAUUCUGCAAGUGUGAACACUCGCAACCACACUUAUGUUAAAACGAAAUUUAAGGCGAAAACAACACUCAGAAAUGAAACAAGGAUAAAGUAACUGCACUAAUGCUAUUAUGACUAAAAGAGAUCACUGUUCAAGUAAUUAAAGAAAUAUAAAUAUUACUAUUACUAUUAAUUGUCAGCUCUAUUUAGUGAAUCCAAUACAAUUAAAUAAGAACAAAGAAAGAGUGCACUGCAAGAAUAAUUAUAGCGGUAAAUUUAAUUAUUAAUGCAAGCAGACGUAAGGAUUGUACAUUAGAAAAUGGAAUAAAACACUUUAGAAAAAUAAA